AUGCGGCGCAGCUGGUGGAGCCUUGUAUGGGCGUGCUGGCUUCCUGCUGCGAGGAGCUGGUUCUGGGGAACGGCGCCGGAGAGCAAAGCAUCUGCGUCGCCUUCCUUCGAUGCAGAUCUACUGGAGGAUUGGCUUCACUUCAAGCACGUCGUCGAUCCCGUGAAAAGUGGCAUGGCUGACAUGCAGGACUCUGCAUGGACACGCCCGCGGGAAGUGCCAAAGAUUGAGAACUUGACUCUUGCAGCCUAUCGUGAGGAGUACGAGGGCCAGAUCCCCAUCGUCUGGCAAGGGGCAUACAAGAACGCGAGCUGCUUGGAAGACGGAUGGGUUGAGAAGGCUGUGAUGCGGCCCUUUGGCAAAGAGCGCGUCGUCUUCGUGGGCUUCGGGAAGAAAGAGGAGCGGGUCAUGUCCGCCAAGCUUGAAACGUUUUUGCGCCACAUCAACACGAACAGCCAGGAUGCAUGGUCUUACAUACAGGAUUCCUAUUUUCUCCACAGACAUCCUGAGCUGAUCGGCGAGUGCCCUCCAAUGCCUUUGGUGCUCCAAAACGAGGACCAGUUUGCUUUGAUGCCGGCAAAGCUCGUGCCGCACAAUGCGACCCUUCUCUGGGGAGGACGCUACUCCAGGUCAAAGCUUCAUGUGGAUUUGUACAACUGGACCGGCACGAAUUUGGUCCUUCGUGGAGAGAAGUUUGUGCGACUGAUACCACCAGGAGGCCACGAUGAGAAGCUCAAGGUGGCAGUUCGAUCUUGUGGUUCUGCGAUGGAGUGUGUGAACUACGAAGCCGCAGUCGACCUGUUCGAGGGCGCACCGCAGGGUGUGCCGCUGUGGGAAACCAAGCUGGAAGCCGGAGACUUGCUGUUGAUUCCUUCUGGCUGGUGGCACCAGGCCGUGAACCUUGGGAACACCUUGGCCAUUUCAAGUGGUUUGAUAACGCCGCGGAGCGGCUCCUGGUCCGCCGUAGCGGAGGUGGUCAGAUUCCACAGCAAGGUGCAUCCAAACUGGACAUGGGGCAGGCUGCCAUCACCUCCUCCACCCAACGCAAAGCUUACAAAGGAAGAAGCAACGCGGAUUUUCCGCAGGUUUAUCAAUUCCCUGCCAGAAGGUGUGUUCAAGGCCGCAGACAAAUGGCGUGCUGAAGCAAAGAACCUCCAAAGAAGCCAUCGUCGAGAGGAGUUCUGA